AUGUUCUUUUUCUAUUUUGAUACACGGCUGGGCUAUGGUGUCACGGGUGACUUUUACAUUUUUCAAGUGUCUGAUAUGAAAGGCAGAAAUUCUACAAGACAAUUGGACCAUUGGACAAGUGGGCCAUUGGUCUAUACAACUAACCUGAUCUUCCAGCCUUCUUGUCAAUCUUGGAUACUGACCGGUAGUGUCCUAAAUAUAUCAAACAAGCUAACAAGAGCAGCUAUUUAUAUACAGUCAGCAUAUAUACACCACAUGAUAGUACUCAAUGCGACCGAAGACUAUGAAGAGAUAAAUGAAGGAUAUCAAAGAAGAAUAGCAAAAAAAGCCUCUAUCUGCAUAGGCUUAAGCGAUAAUCAGCCUACAUUGCAAAGAUAG